CAUUCUCUUCUCUCCAUUCCUAUAUCUUGUGAUAUACAGUAUAACCGAUGCCUACGUAUCUCCGUUCUAUACUUUCUUUCUCUCUACUCUCUCCCUCUCUUUCGCACUUCUACUACAUCCGGUGGUAACAUAUGGUAGGACAUUUUUAUCUCUCCACCUCUUCCUUCCACCUCAGCUCUAUUUCUACGUAUUCAACGCUGUGCUUGGGGAUGCGCGCACCCUCCCACGAGAGAGACCUUAUCGGUCAGACCUAUUUCCCGCGACGACAGUGCUCCGUUUCAGUCUCGUGAAACAAGAUCGAUCUUGUCUCCCCUUAUGUGGCAUAAAAUAGUGGUAUUGGAAUACGAAUUUAUUCUCUGUGACGGCUAGCGGUUACUGGAUCGAAGCGGAGCCCACUUCGUCCACUUCCGAUCGUCCGCCCUUGUACACUCCCUUCGCGUGUCUUUCCUCUAUCUAUCAGUUUGCCUUGCGACGGUGGUGGCAGAGUCUCUUUAAUUCUCGCGCCAGUCUGGUUGCCUAUUUCGGGCGCUGUUCAUGGUGGUGAACACCCCCGUGAUUCACGUAUCCCCGGGUUCCCUCGUAUUCUCUGCGCCGAUAGAGUAUAGAGCAAAAAAGAGAGAGAGAGAGAGAAACCGCAAGAUAGACAAGAAAUAGAUAGGUAAAGAAAGCUGCGCGUGUCCGUCUGGAACAUCCAUCCCAUGCGUCAGGCGCGCGGGGUGAGAAGCGUCGAGCGUCGUGGCUGCAGCGUCGUGACGACGACGACGACGAUGACGACGACGGCGACGACGACGACGACGCCGACGACGACGCUCGGUCGCGCGCACGAGCUCUCGGCUCUGCGUGAUCAGUGGCAGUGAGAAGCAGCGCGUCGCGUCGCGUCGCGCCGCUCCACGAAGCGUCGUACGAGCGACAUGCGCUACGGUUGGCGGCGGCCUUGUCAAGUGUCGACUGUGACCAGGAGGACGGGGACGAGGCCGAGGCCGAGGCCGAGGACGAGAACGAGAACGUCAACGACGAGGACCAGGACAACGAAAACGGGAAUAACGCCGGUAACGAGGAAACCGAGAACAAAGGCGACGACGUCAAGGUAUUGGUGGUGAGAGAGACGUCACGAGGUGUACGGGACGCAUAACGAGGAAACCCGGGCGACUGGCAUGAACGACGACGUCGUGGACGACAUUGCCGAGGAGGACUCUCACGGCGAUGCCCGUGAAGGUAAGCGCUACGGGCACCACGACGACGAAGACGACGACGAUCGCGUUCCUCGUGCACACCCCGACCGUCGUACUGCCGGCCCGACUGAUGACACCCGGCCGCAGCGAUUCCGCAGCGGUCUCGGCGAACAAGAUCGCGCCUCCGCAAUCCACGUGCACAUAGGCUGAUAAUCGGCGUUAAGAAAUUUUGCGUCGUAGAAAGCGCGAUCCUCGAAGUGAUUACAAGUGACGAGCCGCCCGUGGCGUUUCUCGUCGAACCCCUCGAGGAAGAUUUCUCUAAAAUUCCCUACUUCUCUGAGUGUUUCACUUCCGUGAAAAGUAGUCGCAGACGAAGAGGAUCAAUCGGCCCAUCGAAUGGGAAAAUCACUUUCCUCGGAAAGAUUCUUUCUUUCCUCGAGGAUCUUCCCCUGAAGAAAAGGUCUCUUCCUAAAGGACACAAGAAUUACAAGGACCGAGACCUUCCUUCGCAAGAGAAAGCACGCUAAUUGACAUCGAGUGUGCCUUUCCUCCGGAGAAAUUCUACGCAGAGGAGAAUCCUUACGUUAAUCGUUCCGGUUGCUGGAAUACCGGAGACCGCCAUUGCGGUGAACGACGACAGGUGCGCGUGACACGAGGGGGACAACCAUGAAUGUUAGCACGAACGACCUUCCGGUGCGGCGAUGCAGCACGACGUGGCUCGCGUGACUCGCGCCGGUCACGAGUAAAGAGGAUCGGUCUCCACCUCUAGCCACCACCCUCCUCGCGUAAUACCGCGGCGGCGGCGACGGCGGCGGCGGCGGCGGCGGCGGCGACGACGGCGGCGGCCACCACCACCAACGGUGCAACGCGCUGGCCCGUCUCUCCUAUUUAACCCCCCGCGUCCGCGGGAUACAAUCCUUACGACGAGGACACGCACACCAGGGUGGCACGAUAGUAUGACGGUGAUGCUGCUGCAACGUUCAGUCACCCCGCAGUCGACGCACAGCCAAAAGACAGCGACGAAGGACUGCAGCGCGAAGCCGCCCUUUCUCUUUCUGCUGGACGACCGUGAGGAGCAUCGGCACUCGACCGAUACCAACACCACGACUACUACGAACAAUAACAAUAACAACAAUAACAACAACAACAAUAACGUCAACAACAACAACGUCUUCAAAAGAGGUGACCGGAGGAGUAACAGCCGCGAUCACGUCGCCGACGAGGCGCCGUCGUCGGUGACGUCCCAACGACUCGCCGACGGUGGUGAGGACGUCGCGAUGCGAUAUUACCGCCUCUGGAUCUACGCCUGUAACCUGGUGCUGUUCGGUAGCGCGAUCGGCUUUGCCGCCGCGGUGUCGCAGACUCUCCUGUUCACCGGCGACCCACGUCGGCACGUGGUGCCGGGUGUACCUCGCGUCUACGACCCCACCGCGCUCUACGGCUAUCUGGCACUGACGGCGCAGUUGGGCCUGGUGCAAUUACUCGGUUGCAUCGCCGCCAGACGGCUCAGCGCCCGGUUGCUCCACGUCUAUUGGAUAUUACUGCUGAUACUGCUGUUCGGCGACGCCGUCGUCGGCGUCGCCUGGAUCUUCCGUUUCGAGAAAAUGCGCGCCGACCUCAGACCCACGCUCAAACUACGUUUGCAGGUGGACUAUGACAAGGAGAUGCGAUUUAGCGAACAAUGGGAUCGACUUCAGCGGGAGUUCAUGUGCUGCGGGGUGACCGGACCCAAGGAUUUCAAUCAUCGUGACAACUUGCCAUUGACCUGCUGCGAGCCCAGCGUUAACGUCAGCGAGCCCUGUCAGAACCCGUACAUGCGCGGCUGCGAGGAGACGCUCGUACGCUGGCUCAGGAAGACGGCGGACCUACUGUUUGUCCUAGGUUUCUGCGUCAUCGCCUUCGCCAAGCUCUGCUUCCUCGGCAUCCUACGCUACGAGAUACGGGAAAUGAUACAGAAGAUACGAAUGCUGAGGGAACCGCCGCCGCCGGCCACGCCGUUCGCGCAACCGCUCUUUUCCCAGGUGCUGCCGGAAACAGCCAACAACGGCAGCAUAGUGAGACGCACAACGUUACCUAACACUGUUAUGCCUUCCGGCAACGCGUCGGUGUUGCUACAGUCGGACGAAUGCAACACCGGCCGGCAUCCUCUGUUGGCGAACAAUCUGCAGGAUGGUGGUGCUGACAGCGAUACAAAUAGUCACUGCGCGCUAAUACUCGAGGAGACGACACCUACCUCGACGAACAACCACAAUUGCGCGGCCGGCGGCGGCCGUGAGAAAAGCAACGGUAACAACAACUACGAGAUGCGUGAGUUUAACCGCAGGCUGUUGCUGUCGAACGGUACCAGCCCGGGUACAGGCGUGACCGUAACGAGCGGUCAGAAUAGGCGCACCUGACUAUGGAGAUGGUGGCGAAGCACCCAGAAUCGUUUCCUGUACAGGAGCAAUCGGCGACGCGCCGACAUACCGCUAUACAAGUAAAAGUACGACAAACUCUUUGUCAUACGUUUCAGUUUCUUUUUUAAGAAAAUAACACAUACAUCUAGCGAGCUACUGGCUGGCGCGAGUCCAACGGACGGUGUGGAUGUACCUAAGGAAACGUCGCCGCCGCCGCCGUCAUCAUCGAUGUCGUCGUAUCGACGAAAUCGGUGAAAGUGAAGAAGGUUGACAAUUGCUGCGUAGCUCGUCUUCUAUAGUCAUCCCUACUUCUCACCCUCGAGGUCUCAUCGCCGAUAGUGCGCACAAACGUAACACCGAGGGAAGACUGCGGCGACGGAUGACGUUGACGGCACAUGAGAGACCAAGCAUUCAUGAAUCGAUAUCACGGUGGGACUUUACAAUUAUUAAUGAAAGAACCAAAUCAAAACAUAUAUAAUAGUGCGAGAGAGAGAGAGAGAGAGAGAGAGAGAGAGAGAGAGAGAGAGAGAGAGCUAUCUUCAUUUUUGUAAGGUAAAAUUCAUGAAGGAGCAUUUAAAUUCGCCAAGAUCACGACGCGAGAGUAAAACUCCCCCGAUCAUCUUGCGCGAUUCGGGGGUGAAAAAAAAAAAGAAGAGAGCGCAAUCCGAGGCUGGAACGUCGUUGCCCUAUGAUUCCUUAAAACGAGCGACGAGCAACUCACCCCGCGUGAAAGACACAGUUCGAAGAAACCAUUCUAUUUACGGCCCGUACUCUCGUAGUCGUAUGCUAAUUUCGUCAUCGUCGACGUCGAACUAUAGAGGAUAGGUGCACGCUAAUUUUAAAUGGCCACUAGAAACAACUUUCUUUAGUCUCCUGACUUACGGAAUAAAUCCGCCGCUUUUCCACGCGAGCUUCCGCUGUGUUUGUGCGCGCGCGUCCCUAGCCGCGGUGGCUACAUCCUCGGGUUGUUCAUUAACUGCCCCGGGCUCUCCUCGCAAGUAUACACCUUGCAUAUACAUGCCUUACUGUCCUCGCAUAAUCAGUGUGCAUAACUACUUGUGCAAAUUUUAUUUUUAGUCGUGAAACUUUCUUGUGUUACCCAUAUCCGAAUAAAGCCGUCAUCGAUCGUGUCAUCAGUGUACCCGGUCAUAUCGUCCGUCGUGCCGUUUCUCAUUCGAAGAUAAACUCCACGCCGGUAGUAUGUCACAGUCGAAUGUAACUAUCGUCACCUAAAUAAAUGACACACGUAGCUCUUGUUCCCGUUGAAUCUCCGCGUAGAAUUGUUUCUAGACCGACGAUUCUGUUGAGUUAAUUAAAGACUCUGAGCUAGUAAUCAGAUAUACUUCGUGGAUCGUGUUUCUGUCUGGCAAAAUAUUAUCUUGACGGUGCAUCUCCUUUCUAUCUAUGUCGCAAAGAUAUCUCUCUCAAAAAUCCCGUAGAUAUUCAUUUUAUCUUUUGAAUCCACAUAUCAUGGAUAUUAUUAUAUCACUGUUAAAACAACAGAAAAAGCAGCAAAUUUAGUUGACCGACGUUAAACGAUUUUUUUCUAUCACAACUAUUUGAAGAAUAGUUAUGAUUCAAAACUUGUUAACAACUUCUACGACUUUUGUUCGACUUGAGGAAAUUAUAUCUUUGCGACUUCAUGACGUUUGAUUCUCUUAAUAAUGCAAACAACUUGUAUUUGUUCAGACCAGUGAACUAUGCUUCACAGUGCUGUCUAAUCAGCUAUCGUAUUUCGCGACUACAUUCAUUAAAUUCUGUAAUGAUUCUUAAGAGAUAAUUACGAUAGUUACGGGAAAAUAUUGUGAGAUACUACUGCCAAAUUGAUGAUCCUCUUAUCCUUCUCUGAGAAGAUGAAUGUACGUUUAGACAAACUAUUCUGGAGCGAUCAGAAUUUGCUUAGUUUCUUCCUUAAUAACAUUAAUAAUAUAACAGAAAACGAAAGAACGAGGAAAUGAGAGGGAAAGAGAGAUUUCCGAUAUAGGCGAUGAUUAAAUAAUUUCUAAUCGCUGUUACAUAAACAUCUAAAAGAUACGCGUCACGCAAGUAGCUUGUACCGAUACGUUCCUUGUAAUUACACCAUCAUUAUUGAACUAAGAUAAGUAUGGACCGGAGAUAUUUCAUUCUCAAUGUUUCAAACUAUUUUCCCCUUUUUCUUUUCGCACGCCUCGUAUGCCACUCCGGUGUCCCAAUAAUUGAGAUCCGUCUUAUAAGCGACAAAGACGUAGCGUAACACUCGAAAUAAUUGGCUUCCUAGCUAGGAUUAAAGGAAUCUUAGGGUUAUACAUUUAAUGAGGAUGCAAUGAUAACGGAUACAAAUACUAUUGUAGGCUGUAUAUACCGGCAUAGAUAAUAAGUGUCGAUCGUCUGCUUAAGGAGAAACCGAGAUAUUAUCUGUUAAUUGUUCGAACGCACGUCUCCGCCGAUGUCACAAAAUGGGACGCUUUACGUUAAUCCUAUCUGUCGCAGUUGAAUUUACGUGUUUCGAAAUCUGGCGUUUUACAUGUCCAAGUAUAAUUACGCUAGUCUGGAAAACAGGGUAAUUAUUAAUCUCAAACGGUUGCCUGAUCAUCUUUGGGCCACUAUUAGCGAAGUAGAACAUUUGUGCGUGCCGCCAAGUAAGAUAAUUGACUCCUUUCAUUUUCUCUAGGUAAAAAGAGAUUCUUUUGCCGACCACGUGCAUUCAAUCAUUCUUUCUUAAUCAGACUAUCGAAUUGUUGUUGAAUGUAAUAAUAAUGUGAAAGCUUACACCUCGCAGACACACAGCCUCUGCCACUAAAUGUAUAUAAAGAUGUUAUAUACAGAAGAUAGAGAGAUAUUAAUCGUUUUUUAAUUAAUUAGGCGAAAGAAAAUACAUUCGGAAAGAAAGAAAAAAAAACCAAUACGAAACUUAUAUAUCAACUUUGGAGAAACGAGAUACUUGAAUUUACUUCGGUUGUUGUAUCAAUGUACCAUCUAUUAGAAAAAAA